AUGAACCACUCUUCUUCAUCUGUCCCUGGCAUCAACCUCAACUUGACCAGUCACUGCAUCCACGGAUCUCUCACAGGACCAUUGGGAUUAUUCGUUCAGGCCUUACUUGCUCUCAUUGCCUUUAGUGCCUUAAUAUUGAAGCGAUUUUGUGAACCAGUUAAAACAAGAAGAAAAUGGAAAAUAUGGUGGUUUGACACUUCGAAGCAGGCAGUUGGGGCCGGUGUCAUUCACAUUGCCAACGUCAUCCUGUCUGAAUAUCUUUUCCAAGGAGACCCUUGCACAUGGUACAUAAUUAGCUUCAUGCUUGACUCGACGAUAGGUCUUAUAAUCAUCUGCAUCUGUUUGAAGAUCUCGUUGAAAAUUAUUUUAAGGAGAGGAUGGGAUCACCUCAUUUUUGGAACCUAUCCUCCGCCUUCUCCGUGUAAAUCAUGGCUGUACCAAUGCACCAUCUACGUUGUCGUCAUCAUCUUCGAAAAGUUCCUCAUUACUCUACUCACCUUAUUUGAUUUCUGGAAGAAGGUAGUGUCGCUGUUGCUGUCAGCAUCAAUUGAUGCUACGGUGGAGCUCAUAGUGGUCAUGUUCAUUAUUCCCAUCAUCAUUAAUGCUCUGAUCUUCUGGAUAGUGGACAACUUCCUCAAACUUCAUCAUCCUCCUACUCAGUCACCGAGGAAAUACCAGCUCUUCGACGAUGAUGACGACGACGACGAUGAUGAUGAUAGUGAUGACGACGAUGAUGACGACGACGAUGACGAAAAUGAUAAUAAUGACGAUCUCACUCGUCGCUUCCAUGGCCAGCGUCGCUACGACAGUGGUCCAAUUAAUAGUACUAGCAGUUUACGAGACGCUAACGAUAACAAUGAUGACGUCGUCAGUAGUGGUGGUGCUGGCGAUGAUGAUGGAGAGGACGAUGAUGACGUUUAUAGGGUCAAAGUUGAUGACGAUGAUGACGGGAGCAAGGAAUGUAAUAGAUUGCUUAUGGCUACUCCUUUUAGAUGA